GUUCUGUGUGUGUGUGUGUUUGUGUUUCUAGGGGCAGUCCCAGUCCCAGAGAGCCUGUUGUUCUCUCCGCCUCCACUGGUUCCACUGAAGCAUGUCUCCACUGAGCACCUGCUGGAAAGCGUCAGUCCUGCUGAGGUGGAGGAGCUGAGGAAAACCUGCAAAGGUAACAUGAUGUGUGUCCACGACACUCUAGCAUCAGGCAGCUCUGACAUGGGCCUGCAGACUCUGGACGCCAAGAAGCAAUUCCAAAAUCUGGCUCGGAUCUAUGGUAACAUGCCUCCCAUAGUGACAGAACCCACAGUGAUCCACAGCAAGGUCAAUUCUACUGUCAACAUUCGGAUUGUUGCUGAGGAUCCUAACGCCGACCCCAUCACCUACUCAUUGCUCUACCCCAGGCCUCCAGGAGUUUCUAUUAGCAGUGGUGAUGGCUACCUGGCGUGGACUCCCCUCAGCACGCAGCCUGUCCAGCUAACCAUCAAGGUCAGCGACGAGCUCUCUAGCUCCCUGUUCACCCCGAUUCUGCGGGUUUGCAGCUGCCUCAAUGGAGGAACCUGCCAGUACAACAGCAUCGCCGAAAACCACCAGCAGGGGAAGUUCCAGGUGGUGGGCUGCCUGUGUCCAAAGGGGUUCAGUGGGAAGUUCUGUGGGAACGCUUCAGACAUAUGUCUAGGAAAGCCCUGUUUCCGAGGGGUGAGGUGCCAGUCCAUGACAGAGCCCGACCAGUUCACCUGUGGAGAGUGUCCUGAGAAUACUGUCUCCAAUGGAAAAGAGGGAUAUAAGUGCUUUGAGCAUGACAUGUGCAUCCCUCCGUACCCCUUCCCCUGCCACAAAGAUGCCGACUGCCGCAGCACAAAACAAAACUACACCUGCACGUGUAAGCCUGGCUUCACAGGAAACGGACACAACUGCACAGAUAUAAACGAGUGUGCAGAGGUUUCAACCUGCCCCAAUGCUAAGUUUGAGUGUAAGAACAAGCCAGGCUCUGUUGAAUGCCUCUGCAGAUACAAGGACAGCAAGGACACUGAUGGAUGUGGUGACUCUGCCAACCCUCCAGGGUCAAAUUUGUUCAACGUCUCUGUGAACUGGAGGGAGGACAAAUCUGACGGGCUGGAACAGCUGGUGGACAUCUUGAUGAUGGGUUUCCAGAACAAAUUCUACAACGCCAGUAAGAAGGAUCAAAAACAGAGCUCCACACCAGGUUCAAAUGAAUAUCGUAUUAACAUGUCCAGUGACACGCCUCACUGGUAUAUCAGAGACUACCUGGCCAGAGUCAGCAGCCAAUAUGACAUCAAUGGUAUUGAGGUUGAUGAUCUGGAUGAGUGCACGGCCAAGGAGGCGGUGUGUGUCCAUCCAGCGCUCUGUGCUAACACAUACGGAGGCUACAGGUGUGUCUGUAACGGCACUGAUAUGGAUGAAACCCAGUCCUGUGUAUUAGAGCAAGGCAGGGUGAGUAACAAGGGGCGGGACCUUGUCCUUGGGCUGGUUCUGGGCAUCGGCAUCCCUCUGCUCCUGCUGCUUCUCCUGGCUCUACUGGCCUGCUUCUGCUGCUGCAGGAAGACGGUGACUGGAGACCUCCCCCACUUGCUGCCAGACCACAUCCAGGAGCAGUCCAACCCCCCACCCUUCAACUACUCUGACCCCGCUCUGCACUACAUGACCCACUGCAGCCCCCGGAUCAUCGACAUUUACACACCCAGGCAACGCCUCAGAUAGCACAUAUGCCCCAUAAACACACAUGCAAUAUGUUUGCAGAUCCCUCACACAGACACUCAAAGACAGUGAACCCUGCACACGGAAAUGCACAAGUCUACAAACACAAAGCACUUUUGGAGCUACUGUAUAUGUUUUAUAAAGACAAGAUGAAUGACAUUUAUUUAUAUGGUAACAAACAAGCAUUAAACCUGAGUGACUUUUAAUGUCAGUCAUCUCCGAUCCUCUCCCGCUGAGGGAUGGACCUGCCAAGUGUGAGCUGGAAGUUUUUUUUAUUCUGCCUGGACGACAGUUUACAGUCAGAGUCUGACCCAGCAGAACUUGACAAUCUCUUGGCUGGAGACGUUGAUGAAAAGUAUACCACUGCAGUGGUCUUUAGCUUCCAGCUGAUACGAGGCCAACAGCAUUCUUGAUAGCAACAUUAGCAUUUACCAGAAUGCCUGGCGUGUCACCCUCCUGCCCUCUGUGCACAAUUAUAUUCACUUUCUUGUUUAUUACUGCCCUUGUCCAAAAUGUACAGUAACGUACAUAUGUGGUUAUGAUUGCAAACACAGUCCAUAAAAGUACUUUCUGAAAGCAUUUAUCUCACUUUGGAAUCACACAACAACAAACCAACCGCUAAUUAUUGUUCAUGUCUCAUUCCCAGUUCAUAUC